GGUAAUGUCUUCUACUUUACCUCACAUAAAAAGACUUUCACUGUAACAGAUGGAGUCCGUCGGAAAUCGUCGCAGGAUCGGGCCGGUGGCGUUCCGAAGAAAUCUUAUAGUUUUUUUCGUAAUUUUUGGACUCAUCAACGUAAUACUAGUUGUACUAUAUCCACAAAUUUUCGCUGGAGAACUUUUUGGAAGACCAAAUCCUACUUUUAGCGACAUCUUAAACGAUACAAGAUUUAGUAAUCUAGACAAGAUAAACUAUAGAAACAGAAUAUUUGAUGUUAAAAAUGAAGGUAGAAGAGCGACAAGUAAGGCGAGUGAAUUUCGGCUCGAUGAAAUUGGUAAUUUUGACGGAUCUACCCGAAGUAAAAACCUUGGGAAAGUAGCUUCUACCUUGAGUGAUGUACUUGAAAUAUCUGGAAACGAUAGCGAUUUAGGUAUUGGAAAUAUUCCACGCGAUGGAGUCCCUUCAAAAACGGACUCAACAUUUCGCAAUUCCAACACAAAGAUAAUUGUAUCGAAAUCCACAGCAAGAAGAAAUGUUUACAUUCCAGCAAAAAUAGAGGAUACAUUCAAAGGCUUGGGAGAAUGGGUUGUGUAUCAAAAUGGACGAAGGAAGACACAGCCACAACAUAUUUCAACUUCUUCUGCAAGCGUUACUGUAGGGACUAUGUUAUCAAAAAAAGCGAAAGGAGACAUAACAGAAAGAAUGGGAAUGAAUCCUACAACUGGAUCUUCUACCGAACAGACGAGGAAGACCAGCCCAAUACAAAAUCAAGAAAAGUUAAACACUACAAAGGCAACCACUUUGAAUUCAACAACACCGUAUCAAGAAGCACUUUUGAAAAUGACCAACUCCACAAAAGAGAACGCCCUGACUGAAAAAAUUACUGGAAAGUUAAACCCAUCAUUGGCAGCCACUACUUUUAAAUCAACAACUGCGUUCCAACAGGAUCCCAUAGGAGAGCCUUCUUGCAAACCUUACGAAUUAUCGGCAAAAUCUAUCGAAUACACGACAAAAAAAUACGCAAUUCAACCCGAAAUAGCUAAAUGUCAAGACCAAACAGCACCAUCCAAUGAGCUAUGCAAAGUUAAUGAAACCAAAAGAAAUGAUUCGUAUACGAAUCUCGAAAUAAAAUGCGACUUUUCGGUUUGCGACAAAGCUAAGGAAAUGGUUAUUGAAUAUAUGAGCCACGAGAAUGGUCUUAUGAAAAAAUACGAAAUCCCAAAAAAUUCAAACAAUACUGAAGUCGAAAAGUUGGUGCUUAAAUUUGCUGACGAUGCAAGGAAACAUGAUUUGCCAUUUCUGUUUGUAAAUUGCACCGGUGCAAACGGAGCUAUAGUUGCCCAAAUAUUAACAUUCUUGCCAUCGUUACCACCAUUAAAGGACAACAAACAUCAGAAAAAAAUCAGUAUUAAUAUUUUUCUAGUCGAUUCGGUCUCCAGACCGCAUUUCUACCGAUCUUUUCCGAAAACAAUAAACUAUUUAAAAGAAAUCAAGAACGAUCCAACCUACCCUGCAAACGUUUUUAAUUUUGAACUAUUCCAAGCAGUUCACGGGCACACGAACGAAAACGAACGUGCGCUGUUUGAUGGGAGCUUGUUCCCUGUGCGUUUAGGUGGAAAACGUCGAGAUAAAACGGCUGUUAAUUUGGACCCUCUCUAUGGCGUGUUUAAAACAGCCGGAUUUCAGACAAUGUUCUUGGAUGAUCUGUGCUGGCGAGGACAUUGGGGGAUUAUGGAUAAAUACAAGGUUGGAAGCUGGAAGAGUCUACAGAAGAAACUUCGUGUUUCUAAUAUUGACACGAGAGGUAAGGGGAUAUGAUAAACAAAGGGAUAUGGCAGCAUAUUUUCUUAUUAUUUCAUUUGGAAGAACUUUUAAAAUUAUAUGUAUAAAUCUCCUUCACCGAUUUUGCGUAACUUUAUUAUUUCUUGAGAUAUUUUGACAGAAAAAAUCACAAAUCAGCGAGCAUUCCGCCAUCUUGGCGGAUAUGCAUGUUACGUCAUAAGCAGGGUCACGCAAGUAUUUUAUCCAGAGGGCAAUCGGUUAUUAUGAACUCAAAAUCACACUUCGGCAAUUAUUUCAAAUGAGAAAGUGACCGACAACUUUUCAAACAAGACUUACUGUUAUUUGGUCAUUUAUAGAUGUAAUUUUAUAUGCCUAACCAUGCUUUUGACGUCACUAAAAUCACCGAUGAGAUAAAACAUUAUCCAAGAUGGAGGACAGCUAAUUAUUUUAAUAAUUUCAAAAACUACGGCUAUAGCCCAAAGGUGGAAAAUGUUUUUUCUUUCUGUGAACCUGGGUUUCAGUGCUCAAACUUUUUCUGCAAAAUAUUAGGAUAUAAUAUUAGGAACUGUCUUUUUUCAUUAUAUGAAGCAAUAUAUCUUUAAGACUGAUAAGGUAUACACGAUAAAUCCUGGGUAAUUUUCAGAAUUAGCUAUGAAACAUAAAAAAAUGUCUGAAAAUUCAGCAAAAAUGUAAACCCUCCAAAAAUUUCUGGAAACUAGUUUCCCUGGUUCUAAUACUAUUCCCACCUCUGGGCUAGCCAACACACGCUAAUAAAUUUAUUAUUUUUUAGGUAUCUCCGAAUCAUCCUGCACCAUACUAAACCGCAACCACAUGAGAUUACCUUUCUAUGCAGGAGUCAGACACCAGAUUUGCUUCAAUGCCAGACAUCAACACGAGUACAUCCUAGACUACAUUACCAAAUAUCUCGACGCCAUAGCUCACACCCCACAAAGUAAACCGUUAUUCUCAUACACGUCAACACACAUAUCCCAUGACAACGUUGGAAUACGCGUACAAACACUGGACGUCCACCUUAAAGAUUUCAUCCAAAAGAUGUCCACAAAGGAGAAUACGCUUAGUAUAAUUUUUGCCGACCAUGGUAAUACAUACACUGGGUACCAGGCUUACGCGGACGGGAAACAGGAAAUGUAUCAUCCGUUUAUGUUGAUAGUUGUGCCGAAGAAGAUGGCGCGAAAGUUUGGAGGGCGAGUGUUGAGAAAUUUGCACGAGAAUCAAAGGCGCUUGUUUAAUUUGUUUGAUGUAAGAGAGGGACUGGUGGAACUUUCCAGGUGGGUAGUUUGAUUUCGUUGGUGGUGGUGAUAGUGUUGGUGAUGACGAUGAUGAUGACAAUAAUGAUAUCGAUGAUGAUGAUAACGAUAAUUAUGAUGAUAACGAUGAUGAUGAUGAUAACGAUAAUGAUUAUGACAAAGGGGAUGAUGACGAUGAUGAUGACGAUGAUGAUGAUGGUGAGAGUGAUGAUAACGAUAACGAUGAUGAUGACGAUGGAGAUGAUGACGUUGAUGAUGACGAUGAUGACGAUAAGGAUUAUGACAAAGGGGAUGAUGACGAUGAUGAUAGUGAUAACGAUAAUGAUGAUGAUGGGGAUGAUGAUGACGUUGAUGAUGACGAUGAUGGUGACGAUGAUAAUGACGAUGACGAUGACGUUGAUGAUGAUAACGAUUUGUAUUUAAUGAAAUGUUAAUCUGAGUAGCAGCUAAAAGCUGAAAUAUACAGAAUUAAUUACAUGCAAUAUUUCAGAACAUAGUAAAAGGACUCUUAAUAACAUAUACUACAUGAAAAAUUUUAAAACUACGUAAUAACAUGUUACUACCAUGCAAGUUUUAAAUAUCGCUAAAACGUCUAAAUAUUAAGAUAAUGAGUCAUUAUAAGCUAAAAUACUUGAAGGUAAAAAUGAGUUUCGAAAUCUAUUAGUUUUAUAGUCAAUUAAAUUGACAUGGUUAUCAUUACGAAGAGUAUAAUUGACUAAGUUCUCACGUCUAUCAGGAACGAGUUCGUGCAACUUGUGUUUGGGGUGAAGAAGUUUUUUGAAAUAUGACAUACAUAUAUCAUUUCUUCUUUGACUAAGUGAUUGAAGUGAUGAUGACGCUGAUGAUGCUGGUUAUGGUGAUGACGAUGAUGAUGAUGGUAGAUGAUGACGAUGGUAGAUGAUAGUGUUGGGCGUGAUGAUGGAUGUACGGUGGUGACAAUGAUGUGAUGGAUCGGUAAUGCUUCUUAGAAAUAACCAAUCGCGUUCAUACACAACUCCCACACUCUAGGUAUGACGGGCAAUCACCUCUGAAACCAACAGGAAUCUUUGGCAAAAUCGCCCCGAAUCGAUCAUGUGACGAUCUCUUACUGACCGAGCAAAGCAAAUGCAUUUGCCAAGGAUGGGAGACGUCUGUAGCAAACACCACAGACCAACUUGCCUUUGCCGAGUAUGCCAUUGGCGAAAUAAACAACAAAAUCCAAGCGUAUCUCCUGGAAUCAAGAGCUAAAGGCGUUCCCUAUAACAAGUCUCGUGUCGUGUUUGGUGCGUGUCAACGGUUACGUGUUCAAAACAUCAAGAACGUGAAGACGCGGAAAACGCGAGAUGGGACAAAGGCAACGACGAUGGACGUGAGAGUACAAUCGAGCAAUCUUUUGAAUCAAGAGGAGCUGAUAACUGUUCAGGUAGAUUUGAAAAUUAUGGCUUUUAUUCUCGCUACGGACUCAUGUCCGUCAACGCUCUGCCGAAAGUCGUGGGUUUUCUAAUAUCACAAUGGACCAUUUGCAUUAUAGACUAAAUUUUGAUCUAAACAAGUCUAGACAAAAAUUUCAUCACAGCUUGAAAGAGCAUCACAAAAUUAGUAAUAUUCCAAAGUUUCGUUGCGAAAUGUUGUAAAAUGCGGAUAAUAUAGCCUUGCGAAGUUUGUCGUUUUUCAGUCAUUUUGUAUUACGCACGGGAAAUUGACAGCCCAAUCGGGUGUUGGGGCAUCAAUUUCCCGUUUGUAAUACAAAAUGACUGAAAAGUACAAAUUUCGCAAGGCUAUAUUAUCCGCAAUUUACAACAUUUCGCAACGAAACUUUGGAUUAUUACUAAUUUUGUGAUGCUCUUUCAAGUUGUGAUGAAAUUUUUGUCUAGAUCAAAAUUUAGUCUAUAAUGCAAAUGGUCCAUUGUUGAAAAGAUAAAAUAGUCUAGGCUAAUUAGGUAAGCGUAAUAAGAUGUAAAGCGCUAAUCGUAAACUGAAGCUUGGAGGUCGUUGACUCGUUCCAGAGAACAAAAAUUUUUGUGAUGACUUAACGUUUGCCCUGGAGUACGUACAGUGUUUCAUUUAACAAAAUUAAAAAAAAGAAAGCCCGACCUACCCUACCUGUUUGCAACAAGAAAUACGAAACCCAGAUUUUUUUGGCCCAGCCUUGAACACCAAGAAAUUAGUUGCUACAGUACACAAAAUUGUGUGCUUGUUUAUGGUAUCCAUUCUGAUUUUGAUUCUUUAUUAGUAAAUGAGCUGAAAUCAAAACUUCAUGAUUAUAAAAAAAUUAGAACGUUGAUUAAUCAACCCUUACUGCAAUUAUUUGCUUCAAGUUUUGCUAAUAUGCGAGGCCAACACUGGACAUGAUGGCAAGUUAAUUUUAUUUUGGGCAACCAAUUUUCAUGUAUAGCUUGCCCUAACCGCAAAAGCAUAAAUGGUUAAAGGUGAUCUACAGUCCGAUCUGCGCAUGUGCACAAAUGAGCCCACUUUUUAUGAUACAAACAGUUUAACUAUGUUUUGAGUUCUUGAAAAGCCUGAUUGUUGUUUCUUGAUCAUUUAUUAUACUCUAGAAGCUUGAAAAUAUAAAUAGUUGUCGAAUAAAGCUCAAUAUUUUGGACAAAAAAAUGUAAACAAAGGCUUUGUUUACAUACGGACUGUAGAUCACCUUUAAGGAAAACAUAAGAUUAGAAUGUUGAUUAAUCAACCCUUACUGCAAUCAUUUGCUUCAAGUUUUGCUAAUAUGCGAGGCCAACACUGGACAUGACGGCAAGUGAAUUUUAUUUCGGGCAACCAAUUUUCAUGUAUAGCUUGCCCUAACCGCAAAAAUGGUUAAGAUACACCACAGUUAGACUAUGGAUUGUAAAAUAACUGGAUAGGAAACUUCCUGACGUCACAGUUUAAACCUAGUUGCAAUCUGUGACGUCGCGAGCAAUGCCAAAUUACUCAGCAUUUUUGUUGUUUCGCUAUAUUUUCCGCUUUAAAAGAGUAAUAUUGAAGCAUAAACUGGUCUAAUUGUUUUAAAAACAUGCCUAAGCCACGACAAAGUAUUCAAGGUAAAUGUUUUUCGUCUUUGUUUUGUAUUUUUUACAUUUGUAGCUACGAAAUUGGCGUCGCCAAUUUUAACGAAAUUUGCGAUGCAUUUUUCACUGUUUAGUACUUGAAAUAUUUGCUAAAAUUGACUGGGAAUACUUGGAGAUUUCAUCGUAGAAUGGCGUAGUUAUAUUUAUUUGCUCUUUAACUAAAAUGUUUAGCUGUAUAAUUGCUAAACAUGCCGUUUUUGAGAAUUUGGUUUGCAACUACGUUUGAACAUCCAACCACGCCAUCAGCCCAUUGAAAACAUUAGGUCACGUCAGCUAGUUUCCUAUCCAUUUAUUUUAUUACCAUGGUUAGACUACAGUUAUUCUGUCUUAUCUAUAGGUAUUAUCAAAUGGAAAUAUCACAGGAACAUACGACAUGACACUCAUAUCCCAGAACAGAAUAUCAACCUAUGGACCUUAUAGAACAUGUACGGAUAAAGGUGUCGACGUGCUGCUAUGUGUAUGCAACAACCCUAAAGAUCCCCAACCCCAGACCAUCCUCGAGGACGUGGUCGGAGAACACUCGGAAGUUACGAAGAUGCAACGAUGCCUUUACAAAAUACGCCGAACUUAUAACGACAGUCGGAAUGAGGCAUUGGUCAAGGUCUAUGAAAUAGCAAAUCUCUGCAGAAAUGAGGAAUUUACGGUGACAUUUGAAGCUGACGGUGAGGAUAUUAUAUUGUCAACAAGAACACCAAUUAUUGUUAAAUUGCCGCCACAGACAGCUAAGUUUAUAGCGACGGCACGGACAACAGGAAAUAUUAAGAUUAUAUGGUAUGUAGAAGCGAAGAAAUCUGCGUAGGAAAAAUUAGUGGAACUUCGACCUUUCGCAACAUAAGGAGAAUUUAUUAAUAUAAUUUAUUGAAGAAUUAAUAUAAUUUAUUAAAGAAUUUAU